AUGAGGAUCACGGAGAUUGUUAUAGAUGGCUUCAAAUCGUACGCCGUGCGAACGGUGAUCUCGGGAUGGGAUGAAGCGUUCAACUCGAUCACCGGCCUGAACGGCUCCGGGAAAUCCAACAUCCUCGAUGCCAUCUGUUUCGUCCUCGGUAUCACCAACAUGAGCACCGUCCGCGCCCAGAACCUACAAGAUCUCAUCUACAAGCGCGGCCAGGCCGGUGUGACCAAAGCCAGCGUCACCAUCGUCUUCGAUAACCGGGACACGUCCAAGUCGCCGAUCGGGUUCGAGGAAUACGCCAACAUCUCUGUUACCCGCCAGAUUGUCCUAGGAGGAACGAGCAAAUACCUGAUCAAUGGCCACCGCGCACAGCAGCAGACUGUGCAGAACCUGUUUCAGAGCGUGCAGCUCAACAUCAACAACCCGAACUUCUUGAUCAUGCAGGGUCGCAUCACCAAGGUGUUGAACAUGAAGGCGGUGGAGAUUCUGUCGAUGAUCGAGGAAGCGGCUGGGACGCGCAUGUUUGAGGAUCGACGGGAGAAGGCGAUCAAGACCAUGAGCAAGAAGGAAUUGAAGCUAAAGGAGAUCGAAGAACUUCUGAAAGAAGAGAUCGAACCGAAGCUGGAGAAGCUUCGAUCCGAGAAGCGUGCGUUUCUUGAUUUCCAACAAACGCAAAAUGAUUUGGAGCGCCUGACUCGUCUGGUUGUGGCACACGACUACGUUCGCGGCGGCGAGCGACUGCGAGUCGCAGGUGAAGAGUGCGAUAACAAGCGAAUGAAGGCACAAUCGCUGGAGGAGAAUGCGGACAAGUUGAAGAGUGAGAUUGCGCACUUGGAAGAGGAUGUCAAACGGGUUCGGGCAGCACGCGAUAUAGAGCUUCGGAAGGGCGGCAAGUUCCAGGCCCUCGAGGACGAAGUCAAGAACUAUUCACAUGAGCUGGUUCGGCUGACCACCGUUUUCGACCUCAAGAAUACAAGCAUGGUUGAGGAGAAAGAGAAGCGGAAGACCAUCCAGAACACCGUGGCCGAUCUUGAGAAGCAGCUGAAAGAGAAGAAAAAGGUCUACGACAAGCUUCAAGCGCAGUUCGACACUGCCAAAUCUGAACUUGAUGCGCAGACGAAGGAGGUGGAGCAGAAGGAAGAGCUGCUUCAAACGCUGCAGACCGGUGUUGCCUCAAAGGAAGGACAAGAAAGCGGAUACCAGGGUCAGUUGCAAGACGCAAGGAACCGUGCUAGCAACGCCGCAACGGAGCAGGAACAGGCCAAGCUCAAGAUCACCAACUACGAGAAGAGGAUCAAAGAGGAAGAGCCCCGAGCAAAGAAGGCCAAGGAGCAAAACUCGGGUCUCCUGAAAGACCUGGAAGGUCUGAAGGCGCAAGGGAAAAAGUUGGAAGGCGAGCUUAGCCGGCUUGGAUUUGAGCCGGGCAAAGAGGACCAGAUCUACCAAGAGCAGUCGCAACUACAACGGGAUAUCCGCGACUUGCGCCAAAGGGCCGAUGGUCUUAAACGAAAGGCAGCCAAUAUCGACUUCAACUACACUGACCCUCACCCCAACUUUGACCGGUCCAAGGUCAAGGGUCUGGUUGCUCAACUCUUCACCCUCAACAAAGACCAGCUCGAGGCUGCUACGGCGCUGGAAAUUUGUGCCGGUGGUCGUCUCUACAACGUUGUGGUUGACAGUGCAGACGUUGGUACGCAGCUGCUGCAGAACGGUAAAUUGCGCAAGCGCGUUACCAUUAUUCCUCUAAACAAGAUCUCGGCAUUCAAAGCCUCCGCUGAGAAGAUUGGUGCGGCCCAGAAUCUUGCUCCCGGCAAGGUGGACUUGGCCUUAUCCUUGAUCGGCUACGAUGAAGAAGUGCUUGCGGCGAUGAACUAUGUGUUCGGCAACACCCUGAUCUGCAAGGACGCCGAAACUGCCAAGAAGGUGACCUUCGAUCCUUCUGUCCGGAUGAAGAGCGUCACUUUUGAUGGUGACGUGUAUGAUCCCUCUGGUACUCUUUCUGGAGGAAGCUCGCCGAAUUCAAGCGGCCUGCUUGUUACAUUGGGCAAGCUCAAUGAGAUCUCGAGGGAACUGAGGAGCAAGGAGCGCCAGCUGGCGACAUUGGAGGAAAAUAUGAAGCGGGAGAAGAAGAAGCUGGAUGCGGUUCGCUCUAUCAAGCAGGAGCUGGACCUCAAGACCCAUGAGAUUAAGCUCACCGAGGAGCAGAUCAACAGCAACUCUUCUUCAUCGAUUAUCCAAGCCGUCGAAGAGAUGAGGGCGAACAUCGAGCAACUAAAGGCCGACAUCACCAAUGCUAAGGCUCGCCAGAGCGAGGCAUCCAAGGAUAUCAAGAGAAUCGAAAAGGACAUGAGCGAGUUCAGUAAUAACAAGGACAGCAAGUUGGCGGAACUGCAGACGUCACUCGACGCUCUCAAGAAGCGGCUCACCAAGAACUCUGUUUCCGUCAAAGAACUCCAGAAAGAAUUGCAGACUUCCCGGUUGGACUCGGAGCAAGUGGGCAGUGAUCUUUCGGCAGCGGAAGAGCAGUCUGCCGAAUCGGACAGCACUUUGAAGGCACAACUCGAGGAGAUUGAGUCUCUGAGGCGAGAACAGGCACGACUGAAGGAUGCCCACGAUGUGGCUCAGGCUCAGCUCGACGAUGAAAGAGCCAAACUGACUGGCUUUGACGAUGAACUGCGAGAACUCGAGGAGACAAUACAGUCCAAGACAUCUCAGGUCACCGAGGAAGGUCUAGAGAUGCAGAAACUCGGCCAUCAACUCGAGAAGCUUCAGAAGGAUCAGCACAGUGCGGCUCAGGCUGUUGCGCAUAUGGAACAGGAGCACGAGUGGAUUGCAGACGAGAAGGAGCACUUUGGACGUCCGAACACGGCCUACCACUUCCAGAACCAAAAUAUCGCCGAAUCUAAGUCGACCCUGAAGAACCUGACGGAGCGGUCUCAGGGCAUGAAGAAGAAGAUCAACCCGAAGGUCAUGAACAUGAUCGACAGCGUCGAGAAGAAGGAAGCCGCGUUGAAGAACAUGAUGAGAACGGUCAUCCGUGACAAGAGCAAGAUCGAGGAGACCAUCCUCAACCUCAACGAGUACAAGAAGGAGGCUCUCCACAAGACCUGGGUCAAGGUCAACGCGGACUUCGGGCAGAUCUUCGCCGAGUUGCUGCCGGGCAGCUUUGCCAAGCUCGAUCCUCCAGAGGGUAAAGAUAUCACCGACGGCCUGGAGGUCAAGGUGUCACUCGGCAAGGUCUGGAAACAGAGCCUAACGGAGCUGAGUGGCGGACAGCGAUCUCUCAUCGCUUUGUCGCUGAUCAUGGCCCUCCUGCAAUUCAAGCCGGCCCCGAUGUACAUUCUGGACGAGGUCGACGCAGCGCUGGAUCUAUCUCACACGCAGAACAUCGGCCGAUUGAUCAAGACCCGUUUCAAGGGAUCUCAAUUCAUCGUAGUUUCGCUCAAGGACGGCAUGUUCCAGAACGCUAACCGCAUCUUCCGCACGCGGUUCAGCGAGGGAACCAGUAUUGUGCAGGCGCUAACACCGGCCGAUAUGAAAUAA